GGAGGUGAGCGGGCGCGCCCCCGGCAUGGCGGCGGCGCUGGGCCGGGCCCCGCUCUGGCUGCGCUGCCGCUGCUGGCGGGGUCUGGCCUCGGGCACGGCCGGGGAGUCGCGCCUGGAGCAGCGGCUGCGGGAGAAGUUCCCGCGCGCCUCGGCCAUCAAGGUGGUGGAUAUCUCAGGGGGCUGCGGCGACAUGUACGAGAUCCACGUGGAGUCGGAGGAGUUCCGGGAGAAGCGGCCGGUGCAGCAGCACAGGAUGGUGACACAGGCGCUGAGCGAGGAGAUCAAGCACAUGCACGGCCUGCGCAUCUUCACCUCGGCCCCCAAGGCCUGAGGCUGCCCCGGGCCUGAGAACGGCCCCGGCAGAGAGCCCAGCCCCAAAAACGGCUCCAGGAAGGAACCAGGGCUGCCCCCAGCCCCAAAAACGGCUCCAGGAAGGAACCAGGGCUGCCCCCAGCCCCAAAAACGGCUCCAGGAAGGAACCAGGGCUGCCCCCAGCCCCAAUAAAGAGCUGCAGGACAGGCCCAGGGCUGCCCCCCUGGCUGCAAAACCCUC